AUGAGCAUCUGGGAGGUGAUCCUGGCUUUCGUGGUGGUGGUGCUGAUGCUCGUGGCCCUGCUGGCCAACGUGCUGGUGCUGAUGUGCUUCCUGUACAGCGCUGACAUCCGCAAGCAGGUCCCGGGAUUGUUCAUCCUCAACCUCACCUUCUGCAACCUGUUGAUGACUGUUUUGAACAUGCCCCUGACCUUGGCUGGGAUCAUUUACAAGAGUCAACCGGGAGGAGAUCAGAUCUGCCACAUUGUGGGUUUCCUGGAGACUUUCCUCACCACGAACUCCAUGCUGAGCAUGGCAGCUUUGAGCAUUGACAGGUGGAUUGCUGUGGUCUUCCCUCUAAGUUAUCACUCCAAAAUGAGGUACAGAGAUGCCGCUCUCAUACUGAGCUACACGUGGUUGCACUCGGUGUCGUUCCCGAUAGUGGCAGCUUCUCUCUCCUGGGUGGGUUUCCAUCACCUCUAUGCCUCCUGCACCCUGUACAACAAGAGACCAGAGGAUAGGACACAGUUUGUGAUUUUCACUGGGGUCUUUCACACCCUCAGCUUCCUCCUCUCCCUUAUAGUCCUGUGUUUCACAUAUCUAAAAGUGCUGAAGGUGGCACGGUUUCACUGUAAGCGGAUUGACGUGAUCACUAUGCAGACCCUGGUGCUGCUUGUGGACAUUCAUCGCAGCGUAAGAGAGCGUUGUCUAGAAGAACAAAAGAGGAGGAGGCAGCGAGCAACAAAGAAAAUAAGUACCUUUAUCGGUACUUUCAUACUUUGUUUUGCACCUUAUGUAAUUACAAGACUUGUUGAAUUAUCCUCUGUGGUCCACAUCAACUCCCACUGGGGAAUCAUUUCCAAGUGCUUAGCUUACAGCAAAGCUGUUUCAGACCCUUUUGUGUACUCUUUGCUACGACAUCAGUACAAGAAGACAUGGAAAGACAUCAUAAACAAGAUCCUCAAAAGAAGCUCCAUCAAUUCCUCUGCCCUCACGAGCGAAUCGCACAAUAGGAAUAUAUUGCAGCUGAACGAAUGA